AUAAAGGACCGUAGUGCAACAUUCCCUAAUAUGUUGCUGUCAACUAGAGUUAAAAAUGUUCUGUAUUAGCAGUAACCGUUGUAACAAGUGGUGUAAAACAAUAUUUUUUAUCGGACACUGGUAUCAACGUGUUGCUUAAUAGCUCCGGAAGAUAAAAUACAUCAAAUGUUUGUAUUAAAACCGUACAUUCCCCUAAUCCGACUUAAAAGCUCACGAACACACCUACGUUUGAAGAACAUAAAUUUCCCCACUCGGGGGAAAUGGACCGCGUGAAGGGAACGUCACGCAGCAUUUGCAAUGCCCUCCCCCGUCCCGGAAGCACAUUCAUAACAACAGCGUGGUCACAUGGGCCCAGAUAAGGUGGAAACAGCAUGGUGCCACUGCGGUGAUCAUGGCGUGUACAGGUCAGUUUAGGUGACGGCCAAAGGCACCAGCUGUUUUACUGUCUGCCCCUGUUUUGUCUGGGAAGGAAGAAGAAAUAUGUGUGAGAGAACAAGCUCAGGGGAAAUCCAGGAUGUGAAGGCCGCUGGACUCUCCUGACUGAUGGGUGUGGACAAAGACGCUUCCCAUCCACGUGACUGUGCGACCGCAGGAGGAAGAGACCUUCUCCAGCUGCAGCCGGGAGACGAUCACGAUGGACCCGUCCGACCAGAAGCACUUUGCGGUCGUAGACUAUGUGGUGUUUGCCGUCUUGCUCGCCGCCUCUAUGGGCAUCGGCCUGUACUACGCUCUGUCUGGCGGCCGUCAGCGCACCACGCAGGAGUUCCUGAUGGCAGACAGGAACAUGCGCUGUCUUCCCGUCUCUCUGUCACUCAUCGCCUCAUUCCAGUCCGCCGUGGCGAUAAUCGGCGUGCCGGCGGAGAUCUACGCCCACGGUACUCAGUACUGGUUCAUCGGCUGUGCCUACCUCCUGGGCCUUUUCAUUCCAGCUCAUGUUUUCAUUCCGGUGUUCUACAGACUGCGGGUCACGAGCGCUUACCAGUAUCUUGAGCUGCGCUUCAGCAGAGCAGUGCGAAUCUGUGGAACUUUGACCUUCAUCUGUCAGAUGGUUAUCUAUAUGGGAAUCUGUGUGUAUACUCCCGCCUUUGCACUAAAUGCAGUUACUGGAUUUGAAUUAUGGGUAUCCGUGCUGGCCACUGGGCUAGUGUGCACGUUGUACACAACAAUAGGCGGUUUGAAGGCUGUGAUCUGGACGGACGUCUUCCAGACGGUCGUAAUGUUUGCGGGGCAGCUGGUUGUCAUCGUAGUGGGGGUGCAGAAGACCGGAGGAGUGUCUGAAGUGUGGAGGAAAGUCUGGGAGGGAAACCGCAUCUCCGGUCUGGACCUAAACCCAGAUCCUACAGAGAGACACACUUUCUGGACUCUAGGGGUCGGUGGGGUCUUCCUCAUGCUGUCCCUGUAUGGAGUCAACCAGACUCAGGUCCAACGAUAUCUCAGCGCGCGCACAGAGAAGGAGGCUGUCAGGUCCUGCUACAUGGCGUUCCCCUCCCUGCAGCUGGCUCUGGCUCUCAGCUGUGUGAUGGGGCUGGUCAUGUUUGCACGUUACUGUGGAGAGAAUCACUCCGACAAGCUGGGCACCGCCGCAGGGGAUGCGAUGGUGUUAUACUUUGUGAUGGAUAUGCUGCAGGGUCUGCCCGGACUGCCUGGACUGUUUGUUGCCUGUUUGUUCAGUGCAGCUCUCAGCACCAUCUCCUCUGCCUUCAACUCUUUGGCCACUGUGACAAUGGAAGACCUCAUCAAACCACAUUUUCCAGCCAUGACAGAGGCCAGAGCGAUCCUGCUGUCCAAAGCCCUAGCCAUGUCCUACGGGCUGCUGUGUGUGGCCAUGGCCUAUUUCACUCACCUAAUGGGAGAUUCAGUUCUUCAGAUGGCUUUGAAAAUCUUCGGGAUGAUCGGCGGUCCUAUCCUCGGACUGUUUUCCCUCGGGAUGUUCUUCCCCUGGGCCAACUCCACUGGAGCGGUGGCAGGCCUGGGCGCCGGUCUAUCCGUGUCUUUCUGGGUCAGCAUCGGGACGAUCCUCAACCGUAGCUCUGGCUCGAGCUCGCUGCCGCCUGACUGCAGAGUCAACACGACCACCGCCCUUCAGACCGCACUCAGCAAUGUCACUCUGAGGUAUGAAUCACCUCAGACGGCACCGAGUGCUUUGAUUUGUUCACCACGGUCAUUUUACAUGUUAAUCGCCUCUCUUUGUUCUUUUAGCCGACCCUCGGGAUUGAAGAGGUUUUAUUCGCUGUCGUACAUGUGGUACAGUGCAUUUAAUUGCUUCACGGUCAUUUUAAUAGGCCUGAUCGUCAGCUUUCUCACAGGCCCCAUGAAAGAGGAGGAUGUGACACCAGGCACAGUUUAUCCCUUGUUGGGGAAGCUGCUGUGUUUUCUACCUGAACGGCUCAAAAAGAAGCUGUGUUGUGUGACUCCUCUGGGACAGGCGGUCUCAUUACAACACAGGCAGCCUCCACAAUGCAAAGAAAUCAACGGAUCAUCCCACCGACAAGAGGACAGACCGCCACCGGAAGAGUCGGAGAGUUUUCUCCCCGAUGCUCACACACCGCAUGUGGAGCAUGAAACAGCCGUGUGAUAUCAACGUCUCUCGCGUCAGGCUGGAAAACGGUUAAAGCGCCUUCAGACUGAGAUUAUGAUUGUUUACUGUAAACUUUGCUUUGCUUUUUUUUAUCUGCUUCUUUAAGAAACUACAGCUGAGCCUAUCAACAUUUGACUGAUAAUUACAUUUGAGUUACAUACAGUAUCAGUCGACAUCAGGUACAUGAUCGCAAAAAUACUGCACUCUACUGGAAUUUUGUAUACUUGACUAUCGUUUCAUACUACUGCAGCUGUACGAAUGGCCCUGAGUCAUACUGCCUCAGCCUUGAAGAACGCAUGAGUGAAUUUUUGGCUGUAAUGCAGCUGGAACAGAAAAAAAGAACCUUUUCUAAAAAGGAAGUAAAAUUUUGUAUUUAAUAUCUUCAUUGUUUUUACCUCUUAUUUUUCCUACAGGUGAAAAUAUUGGUACAAGUUUUAAUUAAAAAUCUUGGCUCAAAGUUAAUUUGCAAAAGGCAUAUGGCAAUUUACAAGUUGGUCUCAAAUCCUUUUGAGUGUGUGUCUUAAAUAAGAACGAGCUCUUCACCAAACAUGCAUCAAAUGAAUAAUCAUAUCGAAUGAACUAAUAAAUUCUUACAGAAUUUA